GGGCGGGGUCCGAAUACUGAAUAUAAUAAACACGGAGCCUGCACGACAAGCUGCUGCCGCUGUAUUGUUCGUCCGUUUCUACGAGACAACAGGAAAGCGCUGGGUAUCCAUAACUGUUGAUGUGAAGCAGAGUCUCCGUGAAGAAAGGGAGACAGCGUGUCGCCGGACGGACAGCACAGGCCGUGCAGACGGUCGAGGAGAGCCGUAGCUGCCAGGACGGAGUGAGCAGUCCGGGCGGUAUGGCGCUUUGGAUCGCAACGGCAAAUCUUUCUUCCAAAGGCUAUCGGCAAGCUGGACUCGUAUGCUAAAUACCGCAGUAACACGAAGGCGGCGGAUCUCCUGGGGUUUUUAGUCCUGUUUUCCCCACUCAUUCUCUCGCACACUGCUUCGCAUGUAUUGACUCGAGAAAAUUCAAAAAAAUAACGAGAACAGACACAUUACUUGAGCAGUCCGGAGACAGACGACGAUUACCUCUGCCGGUCAAAUCAGAAGAGAAUAGUCCACCCCUUGGAGAGUCGUAACUGACCACUCCAGAAAGAGUUUGACCAGUUGAGGGCGUGGACAGCUCCAUCACUCGAGUGUGCCAAACAAGUGCAUCUCUCAUCUGUGUAGGCGACCAUGGCUGACGGGCCGAGGCAACGAGGCAGCACCGCCGCACCUGCUGAAAGUGAGGGGGCUGCAAAAAGCCAAGGCGAUUCAGGGGUGGCCCUGAAGAAGGAGAUCGGCCUGAUAAGUGGCUGUGGGAUCAUUGUAGGUAACAUCAUUGGCUCUGGAAUAUUUGUCUCUCCAAAGGGUGUAAUGGAAAAUGCCGGCUCAGUGGGCCUGGCUCUGAUUGUAUGGAUUGUGACGGGCGUGAUCACUGCUGUUGGUGCGCUCUGCUAUGCUGAACUUGGGGUCACCAUUCCAAAAUCUGGAGGCGACUACUCCUAUGUAAAGGAUAUCUUCGGAGGUUUAGCUGGGUUUCUCCGAUUGUGGAUUGCUGUCCUUGUAAUUUAUCCAACCAACCAAGCUGUUAUUGCACUCACAUUCUCCAACUACGUCCUUCAGCCACUGUUCCCCACCUGCUUUGCACCAGAGUUUGGCCUCCGACUGCUGGCCGCAGUGUGCCUUCUUUUACUCACCUGGGUUAAUUGCUCCAGUGUUAGGUGGGCGACCCGUGUUCAAGAUGUAUUUACAGCUGGUAAACUGCUAGCUUUGGGCCUCAUCAUUAUAAUGGGCAUUGUGCAGAUCUGCAAAGGACAUUACUAUUGGUUGGAGCCAUCAAAUGCAUUUGAAAGCUUCAAGGAACCAGAUAUCGGGCUGGUUGCAUUAGCGUUUCUGCAAGGGUCUUUUGCUUACGGUGGCUGGAAUUUCCUCAACUAUGUCACAGAAGAAUUGGUUGAACCCCAUAAAAAUCUUCCCCGUGCCAUUUACAUCUCCAUUCCCUUAGUCACAUUUGUAUACGUCUUUGCCAAUAUUGCAUAUGUGACUGCAAUGACACCCCAGGAACUGCUGGACUCCAAUGCGGUGGCAGUGACAUUUGGAGAGAAGCUUCUUGGUGUAAUGUCCUGGAUAAUGCCCAUCUCUGUUGCCUUGUCCACCUUUGGAGGUGUUAAUGGUUCACUCUUCACUUCUUCUAGGCUUUUCUUUGCUGGAGCAAGAGAGGGUCAUCUGCCAAGACUCUUGGCUAUGAUCCACAUCAAGCGCUGUACACCAAUCCCAGCUCUACUCUUUACUUGUGUCUCCACUCUCCUGAUGCUGGUCACAAGUGACAUGUACACUCUCAUCAACUAUGUUGGUUUCAUCAACUACCUGUUCUAUGGUGUUACUGUUGCUGGGCAGAUUGUGUUGCGCUGGAAGCAGCCAGACCUGCAUCGACCAAUCAAGGUCAACCUCAUCUUCCCUGUGAUAUACCUCCUGUUCUGGGCCUUCCUACUGGUGUUUAGCCUGUGGUCGGAACCUGUAGUCUGUGGAAUUGGACUUGCUAUAAUGCUAACUGGUGUUCCAGUUUACUUCCUUGGUGUACACUGGCAAAACAAACCAGAAUGUUUUAAUACCUUUAUAGACAAUCUGACAUACAUUGGACAGAAAUUCUGUGUGGUAGUUUACCCUGCUGAAGAUUCCUCAAGUGACUCGGAAGAAAAGCAAGAGCUGAGAUCACCACUGACAAAGGACAGCGAAGGGAGCCAGUGAUUGGAGAAUACAAGUCAGUGGGUCAGCCACACCAACAAGAUACACAGUCAAGAGAGUCCGCCAAAAACCACUGCAGAAUCCCGACCAGAUUAGCCUCCGCUCAGCUCUUCACUGAGCAUUCAGUUACUCUUAGUGGGACUGUCUCAACCAAACUGCCCUAUUCAUCAAAGUGAUGUGGUUUUAUGGGUAACACUAAUCAUAGCCCAGCCAUUGCUACAAGAAUUACAAAUGCAAGUUCACUUUAAGACCACGACCCUGAUUAGCAGGGCAACUAGGAAAUACCAUGGCCGUCCCCUUCUCGUUUGUUCAUUUUCUGAAUGCCAUUUGAAUCAGUUUCAAGUUAAAUUUGGUUGAGGCUGAUUUCAGUGGUAAUGUGUGGUAUUUACCACUUUCUUAAAAUGUCGGUAUGGAUAUUUUUAUUAUGUCUUUUUAAACUUUUAUAUAAAAAUUAUAUUAUAUCGUAGAUUUUUUCUCCUCACUCACAGAAAAUAACAAUAAGCAGUAUAAAAAAAAAAAAAGAAUUUAUUUGUAAUUUUAGUCGUUGUCGUAUUGUUUUGUCAGAAGACCAAGCAAUAGACUCGCACCCUCUCUCAGCUCACCAUCAGCUGAGUUUGUACAACAGUGUCACCCAGUCUGCUAGUAUAUCACAGACUUGCAUUCUGGGUCAAUUCUUACUUUCUUACUCAGGGUUUAUUUGGGUUAUGCUGCCUUUGGUUUUGUCACCAGCAGGCGAGAUACUAUCAAACUGAUUAGGCUGUAAUGAGCCUGCAGAGAUACUGCCUGUCUCCUGUUCUGAUCUCGAAAGAAAUCGAUUCAAGUGCCGUUUUGUUCCUUUGCCGUCUUUGCACAGUGUGCUUUUGUUUUUCAUUUGUAACUGCUGAAAAAUGAAUGGCUGUAAUUGUAGUCAAGAGUGUAAACUUCUGAAAACCAUUUGAGAUGUCACAGGCAGCGCUGUCAGUGAAUGUGUUUGAACCGAAGACCAGUACCGUAAGAAUAGCCAGCAAGAUGUUCCCUUUGUGUUUGUUUCUGUACAGCCCUGCUAUACAAAGAUUGUAAUUGUGAAGUCGAAGAUAUUGAGACUCGCACUUUUGUUUUUUUUUUUUUGUAUCGUUUUGCCAAAAUAUAGUGGAAAAGCUGCCA